GCGAAUCAAUUUUCUAUUAUUUAUUCGUUUACUGUGAGAAUUUUAAUUAUUUUAACGAAUAAAUAGUGUAUAUAUAUGAUUCUGUAAAAGUAAUUAGAAAUAGUUGUCAAAGAAACACGUACAGCAUGCCUCCUAAAAAAAGAAAUUAUUCUGAAUGUGAUAAUUCAUCUAAAAAUCCAAAUUCAAAAAAAUUAAAGUUAUCAAUGUCUGAUAGUAGUCCUGAUGAUGCUAAAUCAUCUGAAAAUAUAACAGAAAUUCCAAAUAGUACAGAUCAUUCAUCAACAUUAUCAUCUGUGCAAUUGCCAGUUCCUGAAAAACUGUUAUUAAUUGAACAAGAACUAUGUCAAAGACUACAAACUAUAAAGUUUCCUUCAAACGUUGCAUAUGUUUAUAAUCCAAUCAUCUAUGCAUUUGAGGUACAUGCAAUGUACGUUCAAACCUAUUGUAAUGGACCUAAAAAGAUUUUAUUUCUUGGAAUGAAUCCUGGUCCAUGGGGUAUGUCACAAACAGGUGUACCAUUUGGCGAAAUUAGUAUAGUUCGUGACUGGCUAAAACUUCACGGUUUUAUUGGGAAACCUCCUCGAGAACAACCAGAUAGAAAAGUAACAGGGUUUGAUUGUAAACGUAGUGAAAUUAGUGGUAAAAGACUUUGGGGCCUUUUCAAAGAAAUGUGCGGAUCCCCACAAAAUUUAUUUAAACAUUCUUAUAUACAUAAUUAUUGUCCUAUUGCUUUAAUGGAUCGUAAGGGCCGAAACAUCACACCUGCAGAAUUAAAGGGUGAAGAACAAAAAUUAAUACAUGAAUUGUGUGAUCAGGCAUUGUCAAAAAUUAUUAAAUUGCUGGAUAUAAAGAUUAUAGUUGGUAUAGGAAGAUUUGCAGAAAAAAGAGCACAAACAGUAGUAAGUGCGGAUAAUUUAUCUGCACAGGUUCUAUGGAUUACUCAUCCUAGUCCAAGAUCUGUAGGAAAUCAAAACUGGGAUCAAAAAACUAAACAAAGAUUACACGAUCUUGGAUUAGCAGAAUAUUUUAGUAAUUAAACAAUUGUGUUAUUACAAUAAGUACAAUAA